AUGAGUUCGGACGGUUUGGUAUUCCACGACGAAGUUGAAUUAGAGGAUUUUGAGUGGGACGAGGACCUGGAGGCUUUCACGUAUCCGUGUCCGUGUGGCGAUCAAUUCCUCAUCACUUACGACGAACUAGAAUGCGGUGAAGAAGUAGCCACGUGUCCAUCAUGCUCGCUCAUCGUCAAAGUCAUCUAUGACAUGGACGAUUUGCCUCCCAUGCCCACCAGUCAAGCCCAAAAGGACACUCAACCCUCCGCCCUCAAGUCUGAAGCUUAA